GGGGGUGGGGGUUUCGAUCAUGUUUUCAGCUAGCGUAAUGGUCAAUCGGAGCUCGCUGGAGAUAUUUCUGGAUGAGAUCAGGCAGAGGGAUGAGCGGCCUAAGGAUCUGCCACCCGCUUUGCCUCUCCGGCCAACCUCCAGGGGACGCCUGCCCAGUUGGAGAAGGCCAUUGCCCGUGCACCUUAAUCUCGAAAGAGGUGCACCCAGAAGCUUGUUGAGCAACUCCGUGGAAGGCGAAGACGAGGAAGACGAACAGACACGAAAGAAUGAGAGGGAUGUGGAGCAACUGGCAGAAUCGCCAUGCCUCAAAACCCCAGACCUGGUGAGGUAUGAAAAGAGAGUGCAGAUCGAUGAUGGGUCAGAUUCACCUGCUUUCUCCUUGCCGCCAGCAGUUGGUGGUGUCAUCAAGUAUUCCAUGAAUGAGGUUUCCGGAAUGGAAGACGAUAGAAAUCAGACUUCGCAGGGAAUUAUCUGGGUUCAAAAAAGCUUUCGUGGUUUCCGAGCUUGUUCUUACUAUCAACAGCUGAAGAAAGGAGCAACCGUGUUGCAAUCAUUCGUACGAGGUGAAAGCACAAGGCAUAAUUUUGAGGUCUUGAAGAAGAGAUGGAGGGCAGCUAUACUUAUCCAACAGCAUUUGAGGCGGUGUUUUGCUAGGACUGUUUUUAAUAACCAGCGGAAGGACAUUAUAUUUUUGCAGUCUGUUAUCCGUGGUCGGCUGGCGAGGAACCAUUUUACUGCUUUAAAGAAAAUUGAGGUGUUAAAGUCUGGUCAUACUUAUUUGAAGAAAAGGGAGGUGUCAAUGGUCAGUCAUGUUCAACUAAUCAAAGGAGGGUCAGCAAGGGAUUCUCCAGAACUUGUGAAGGACACUGAGAGUGAGCAUCCUCAGUUGGACCCCUCUGUUUUAGCUCAAUUUCAGAGUCAGGUGUGUAAGGCAGAAGCAGCACUGAGAGACAAAGAAGAGGAGAAUGCUGUUCUGAAACAGCAGCUUCGAGAGUAUGAGAUGAGGUGGUCAGAAUACGAGUCGAAAAUGAAAUCUAUGGAAAGGACUUGGCAGAAACAAUUGAUCUCUUUGCAGAUGAACUUUGCUGGUGCAAGAAAAAGCUUUAUUCUUGAAGAAAUGACAAACCGGCCUCGACAGCAGAUAGCAGCACGAAUUAAUCACCACUAUGAAGCUGAAGAUAAGACGCCAGCAGUCACAGUAGCCAAACCCGUCAAUGCUUCUACUGUCAUGCCUGUGAGAGACAAUGAUAGCACUCGUAAUGGGGCGAUCCAACUCACGAUAGAGUUUGGUCAGCACAGGCAAGUCUUCCACGAUGAUGCUGGGGCACUGGUUGAAGGGAAAUCAGAGCAAUUGGGUGCCAGCAUGAACCGUCGUAAACUUAAAGCUCGUUUUGCUUCAUGGAGAAAAUGGUUGUGCAUAGCCAGUGCAAGAUGAUGCAAAUGAAGUAUACCAAGCAACUCUUCUUGGCAUAGCAAGUGCCAGGAUGGUGGUUUGAGGAGAAACCUGAAUGCUGCUUAUCUUCGAGGAAACCUCUUCCUUAUUUGUUUGUCUCGUCUCUAGAACAUCAUCAUCAUCAUAUGUGUAUGUUGCAUGUAUAUAUGCCUUGCUUUUCUUGA